CGGAAAGCCCAUUAGACUAGCAGUGUUUUUACAUCUUCAGCCAACCAAACAGCGGUGGCUAACGAGCGUCCGACAUAAUGUCUGGCGACCUUUACACUCAUUGCCAACACGACGCGGAGGCUGGAAGUUUAGACCAACCGAAGAGUGCGGCGUAGAAAGUCAGAUGAUCUGACCAGAUUCGUGUCUUACGGCGAGUAAACGACCGGAGUAAAUUACUUUCGACUUGUGCCAUACAUAAUUCAGUUGUGCCGAAGGUAAAAAUGGGUUCGAACUGGAAGUUACUUCCGUUACUUAUCAUCGUCCUGGCCACUUGCAUCCACGAAGGACUCGGUAUAAAAUGCUGGGUAUGCAGGUCGGAUUAUGAUCCUAAAUGUGCCGAUCCGUUUGAUAAUACAACCGUUCCGAUUACCGACUGCAAUCGGGAACAACCUCUGGAGCAUUUACCGGAUGUGACACCUACGAUGUGCGAAAAAAGCCGACAAAAAGUGAACGGAAAGUGGAGAUACUUUCGUGGCUGUGCGCGGAUGAGAGUGCCGGAUAUCGCAGGGGAUGCAGGAUCCUGUGUGAUGAGCACAUCGAACGACAAUAUACCCAUGGAAUAUUGCACAUGCGAUAACAAGGACGGCUGCAACACAGGACCAUUGGUGCAUUCUAAUCAGUUUGUUGUACCGCUUGCUGCAUUAGCGACAUACUUUGUGACUUGUUUUUAUAUUAAAUAACCAAGUAGUACCUGAAAGGCAGAUUCAAAGAUGAUUUAAGCGAUUUAUACCAUGUGUUCGAGCGUUUCUCUGUCUACUUGUACAAUAACUUAAUAAUCAUAAGGGAUAUCAAUAUCCAGGGUUUUUCAUAUUGUCUGUUUGCCCAGAUAAAAUAUUUUCAUUGAUCGAAAGACCUGUUUAAUGGCCUAGAGAUGUAAUUCUGUUAAAUUUAAUAGAAAACAAUAGAGAUGGUAAUCUUGUACAAAUAAAAAUUAAAUAGUAACUUAUGAGUGAUUGAAAACAGGCAGGUUAUUUGAGCAAAUGAAUCAUGACAGUAACUGUUCAAUUUUGAACUUCUACGCACCAAAAUUUACAGCAAGAUUUUUAUCCAAUAAAUGACGGCUGAAUACUUUUUUAAUCAUUUUUAUUCCUAAGGUAGAUAAAUUUUCGCAAUGGACUUUUUCAAUCACGUUUUAUUAAAUUAUUCACUUUUUCAGGUGAAUACCUAAGCUGCUAAAUAUUCUCGACCAUUAUAUAUUGAUAUAUUGCAAUGCUUGACGGACUAAUAAUUAUAAUGUUAUACUCCCAAAACUAUUACUCAAUGAGAAGUUAGUGCCUCAGCUAAUUAAAUACUAUAUAUGAACUAUUCACGAAAAUAUAUACAUAUUAAUGAUACUUGUAAGUAUACAUACAAUAGUCGAACUUUUUAUGACAAUUUUUUCAAUAACUGGACAUGAUUUGUAAUUUUUGAAUUACGCUUAGAUUUAGAACCAUGAAUAUUUAUAUUUUUGUACAACGCACUGAUAUCCUAAUUCAAUAAAGACGUGAAUAUACAAUUUAAAAAGUAAUUUAAAGCAUUUUUGCAAUGUAUUUCUGGAAGAUAUUUUUACAUUUGCGUGGUUUCAAAAGUCAAGGCGUUAAGAAAAUUUAGUAACGUUACCUUCAGUUAGUAGAGGUGUACGAUUGUAAUUAUUUUUACGAAAAGUGCCUCUUGUUACUUCAAAAUGAGAAAUGGAAACGAAACGAGAUCUCAAUGUUAAUCGACAUUUUAUUAAUGUUUAUAAAACUAACAUAAAUACAACCUUCAAUUUAUUAAUAACGAACAAAUAAAGUAACUUAUGUACAUAGGAAUAUCCUGAAUGAAUUUUUAUUGACAGUUUGCAGCUAUAAAUCACAAAAACGCGAUUUAUUCGUGAAGCUCUGAGGUGUUAUAAAGGCAUUUUUCUAUGAAACGUAGUCAAUUAUUCUUAUAAAAUAUAAUCAUUCACAUGGCUUCAGAAACUGCGUUUCUCAAAUUCUAUCUUACAUCUACAUGAGGUGAGAAUUCUUACUUUUCGACUAUUA